GUAUGUAUAUAAUGUAAUGUUAAAAUCUUAAAUUGAUUUCAUAAAUCAUAGAGAGAGAGAGAGAGAGAGAGAGAGAGUUUGGAAACAUUCCAAAACCAGAACUCGAUAUUAUUUCACCAAAGAAUGAUAGAAACAAGAACUAUCUUUUUAUAAAACUCUUUACACCCCAAAAGAAAAUGUCUCACUCGUUUUGCCUUAUAAUAUUUCUUUCAACAACAACCCAAAUCUACAAAAAAUCCCAAUAAAAAAAAACUUCAGUCUGUUUGACAUUUUGUCGAACACUUGGACGGCAUCACAAAAAGCUCUAAACUUUCUGACUACCAAUGGCGGAUUCGUCUUCCGACAAGGAGAAGAAGGAAAAUAAUAAGCAGCCCGUGUAUCGUGGAGUCCGUAUGAGGAGCUGGGGAAAAUGGGUAUCGGAGAUUCGCGAACCGAGGAAGAAAUCGAGAAUCUGGCUCGGGACUUUUCCGACGGCGGAGAUGGCUAUGCGUGCUCACGACGUGGCGGCUAUGAGUAUCAAAGGAACUUCAGCCAUUCUCAAUUUCCCUGAGCUCUCUAAACUUCUUCCCCGACCCGUUUCGCUCAGCCCUCGUGACGUCAGAGCUGCGGCGACCAAAGCUGCUCUCAUGGACUUCGAUACGACGGCGUUUCGUUCGGAUACUGAGACUAGCGAAACGACGACGUCGAAUAAAAUGUCAGAGAGUAGUGAGAGUAACGAAACGGUGUCGUUCUCAUCGUCGUCUUGGUCCUCUGUUACGAGCAUUGAGGAAAGUACAGUCUCCGACGAUCUUGACGAGAUCGUAAAGUUACCGAGUCUAGGAACGAGCCUAAACGAGUCGAACGAGUUCGUGAUAUUUGACUCGUUGGAGGAUUUGGUGUACAUGCCUCGGUGGUUAAGCGGUACGGAAGAAGAAGUUUUUACGUAUAAUAACAAUGAUUCUUCGUUGAAUUACUCAUCAGUUUUCGAAUCUUGGAAACAUUUUCCCUGAGAAAAGAAAGAAGCCAUAUUUUCUCUCUCUUUUUCGCCAUUUUUGGUUUUAAGUUUUUUGAUGGGAUUCUCUCUGUUUUUGCUAUGCGUGAGAUAUCUCUCUUUGUGGAAUAGAUAACUUUUCUGUUGAAAAUCUCCUAAGUCUGUGAAAUGAACGACGAUGGAAAUGUAAGUGUGUAUAUUAGCCCGAAAUAAUGACUGUAUACAUUCUUUUUUGCAAGAUCAUUAGAAAAAAAUAAAUAGGAAAUGUGGUUUGUAUUAGAGUAUAGAAUUGAUUAAGAUCGGUUUAGAUCAUCAAUAUCGGUUUAAUGUCUGUGAACCAGAACCCUCUCAUUGUAUAAGAGGCUUCAAUGUAAUAUUUCCUAAGCAAGAUAAUGAGAAUGAUCGUUUGUUUUUUUUGCCC